CUAAAGCAGAACUAGUUGUGCCUUUUUUUUUGUCUUCUGUUUUUUAAUAUUUCACUCUCAUUAUUCGUCGAUGACCAUGAACACGCACGAGUAUCACCGGUUGAGUUUGUUGAUUGAAAGAGGAGGACGUCCCUGUCGGCAGCCAUGUUGGAUGAGUCUUUCUGCUCAGGUGUGUUCCAAGCCUCUCACUUCCGGGAGCUCAGCUGCCUCGGACCACCGCCGGCACCGACACAAUGGACCGGGCGACAGGCAGGAACAAGGUCGUCAUAUUGUUCGUGAAGCGCGGCGGAGGAAGAACGCUUUCCUGACAACAGAAGAGUCUUCCUUGCGGUCCACUUGGCGUGGCUCCCCCGCCGGAGCUGAGCGAAUUGACGCAUUGUGGAGUCGACAGGGUGGGGGGAGAGGAGGAGGAGGAGGAGGAGGAAGAAGAAGAGGAGGAGGAGGAGGAGGAGGUGUUGGUAGUGGUGGUAGUGGUGGUGGUGGUGGUGGUGGUGGAGGGGGCGCGCACUGCAACCCCUCCUUCCCGAACACAACCGAGGAGGCAUCUACCGGCGGAAGCGCGAUGGCCGACACCGACGACCAUCAACCGGAGAACGGCUUCGUGUCCCCCGAGAGCACGUCGUCGUCGUCGCCGGCUCCUCUGACGCGCAUCGACGGCUCGGUCCUGCCUUUCCUCGGCGGUUUCGGGAAGUACCAGAAACAGCUGAUCCUGCUCACGUGGAUCCCGGCGCUCUUUAUCGGAUUCAGCCAGUACUCGGACAAUUUCCUGCUCGCCCAGCCGAACAACACAUGCAUCCAGCCCUUGGCGAACGCCACCGUUUCCACCACGACCACCACCACCACCGCCUCCACAUCAGCCGGCAGCAACGUGACGUGGGCCCACUCGGGUGGCCCCCAGAACGCGAGCUGGCGGGCUGCUGGCGUCCACAACGACACGGGCGACACGCAGUGCAUGUGCAACGCAUGGACCUUUGAGCUGGACACCGGCCUUGUGCAGAACGUUGUCACCAAGUGGAGUCUGGUGUGUAACUCAGCAUGGAAAGUCCAUAUUGCAAAGUUCUCCCUCUUGGUGGGUUCCAUCUUCGGUUACCUGGUGUUUGGAAUCCUCGCGGACUGGUUUGGCCGCCACCCGGUGCUGAUCUUAUCCGUGCUGUUCAUGUUGGUGUUCGGGCUCACCGUGGCCUUCUCGGUCAACCUUCCUAUGUUCAGCACGCUGCGAUUCUUCGAAGGCUUUUGCUUGUCGGGCAUCACGUUGUCCCUCUACGUCCUCAGGAUCGAGCUGUGCCUGCCGGGUUGGCGCUUCUCCAUGACCAUGGUGGCCAGUUUCGUGAUGCUGGGCGGCCAGCUGCUGAUGCCAGGCGUGGCCUACUUGUGCCGUGAUUGGCAGGUGCUCCAGGCCGUCAUCAUCUGUCCCCUGCUGCUUAUGCUGUCCUACAUCUGGAUCUUCCCCGAGUCACUGCGUUGGCUGCUGGCCACGCAGCAGUACUGCCGCUCCAAGUGGAUCAUGGGACACAUCGCUAAGAAGAACUGCGUCAACAUGGAGCAGGAUCCGGACAACAUCCUCCCAGAGUUGCAGCGAGCUCUUCAACGCAAGCCCAAAAAGACGUGCAUCGUGAAAAUGGCCCGGACCAGGAACCUGUGGAAGAAUAUUGUCGUGCUCUGUGUCAACUCGCUAACAGGCUACGGGAUCCACCACUGCUUCGCCCGCAGCAUGAUGGACCCGGAGGCCCAGGAAACCACCAUGUUCCACGACUUCUACGCCGACUAUUACACCAUGGCGGGCAUCGCGGUGGCAUCCUGCCUGGCGCUGUGCCCGGCGGUGGGCCUGAUGGGCCGGCGCGGCGGCCUCCUCACGUUCAUGAUCAUCACCGCGUUGGCGUCGUUGCUGCAACUGGGCCUGCCCAACUUGCUGGGAAAGUACAGCACCCAUCUCAAUAUAGAUAGUUCAAGCACGCUGAAGAAGAACUUCUCCAUCGCUUUCUCCAUCAUCGGGAUGUUCUCCUCCCACGCCGUCAGCAACCUGAGCAUCUUCUUCUGUGCGGAGAUCACCCCCACCGUCAUCAGGGGCGGCGGUCUGGGCCUGGUCCUGGCGAGCGCCGGCUUCGGCAUGCUGACGGCGCCCAUCAUGGAGCUGCACAACCAGAAGGGCUACUUCCUGCACCACAUCAUCUUCGCCUGCUGCACGCUCAUCUGCAUCAUCUGCAUCCUGCUGCUGCCCGAGACGCGCUACCACCCGCUGCCCGAGACGCUGGCCGACGGCGAGAGCUACACGCGCCAGCCGCUGCUUCCGCCGCGCAAGCCCGGCGAACAGCGCCUCCUGCUGACCGAGAGCGCCCGGGAUUACACGCGCGUGCACGACACGCCGCUGCAUGAGGCGGCGGCCGUCGCCGUCUCCAGCAUGGACUCCGCCGCCGAUUUGACCGCCCUCGCCGAGCGGCCGGCCGAAGACGAGGACGCGUGCGCGGGUCUGACUAAAGAUGACGUCAUAGACGCCAGCAAAGAGCGCCUCCUGUCUUCCACGCCCACGCACCCCUUGCUGUCCGACGAAGAGAAGACCUCAGAAGUGGUCCUCGCUUCUAUCGAGCCCCUCGCUCACGCCGUCGUGCCGCAAUUGGACGACACUCUGCAUCCGUCCCCCGCGCGGGAAGCACUUCCGGACCCCGCUUGCGAGGGGCCCCCGCCCGAAUCCCCAGACCAUCUGGACGUGGAGCAAAUGUCCAAGGAAUCGGCUCCACCGACGCCAGAGGACAACUUAGUCGACCCUCCGACGUCAGCGGCCCCUCCCCCCGCACCCACGGUAGACGGCGAUGCUUCCGCCAAGCCCCCGCCCUCCCUCUGCUCAGACGUCCGCCUAGAAAUAGAAGACGAAUCGACACCGCCGCACCCCCCCAGUGGCGACCAUCUUCCCCCCCCUCCGGCCCCCGUUCCAGACUCAUCUUUCCCCUCGUCGAGCCAUAUGGCACCACCCGAAUCCCAUUCCCCGCCUCCUCCACCCGUCACAGAACCAACCGCCACCGAGGCGACCGCUUUGACUGAUCAUCCUUUACGGGAUUCCCUAGACUCGGACUCCGAUUCCAGCGCGUCAGGAGCGUCGCCCACUUCUCUAAUGGUCUGUACGGGUUCGUCCCCUAUAGACUCUGGCGUGCUGUCAAUCAGCGCCAGCACAGAGAGCAACGCCCUCAAUGGCGUGGCGUCGUCAUGAUGAUGAUGAUGAUGAUGGUGAUGAUGACGAUGGAGACUCUGCAGCAAAUAAAUCUCGCACUUCAAAAGAAAGCCGUCCCAGCCUGGAGUUGGGUGGUCUUGACACACGAUCCUCUUCCCGCACAAGAGACUGCUUUGUGACAGUGUUGUUUUUGUUUCCUGAAUGUCCGUUAACAGGGGGAGGAAAAAAACAAAUCACCAGCCUUUAAACUGCAUCGAUGGACAAAAAACUUUUACUCAAUCGGGAAAAAAAAGCACCAGAACGUGAGGGCAAAUGAUGCUGAAAAAUCCAAAUGAAUAAAUGUUUGCCAGACA